UUGUGCCUGCACAAUACAUUGUGCUCUAUCCCUAAAGGUCUAAUCUCAGUACCUCUCCUUCAAAGUGGCUAUCUUCGCACCUUGUCAUAGACGAAUUGAGCACAGAAAAAAAGUUAAGCAAAGAGCAUAAAAGUUGAAUUCAAUCAUGUCGGAAGUGGUUUCUAUGGAUGAAAUCAGAGCUAUAUCUGAGAGGCUUGGUGUGGAUCUUGCAAAAAUCAAUCUGGACUCUAUUCAUCUUCCUCCUGGUGAUGAUAUGGGGAUACCCAGUGACGAUGAAGACUUGUUGAAGGAGGACGCGUUGGAGGAGGAUCAAGGUUUUGGAAACAUACUGGUGGUGGAUAAUCUUCCAGUUGUGCCUAAAGAGAAAUAUGAGAAAUUGGAAGGAGUAGUUCGGAAAAUUUACAGCCAACUUGGUGUUAUUAAGGAGGGUGGUCUCAAUAUGCCUGUUGAUCCUGUGACUCAGAAAACACUUGGGUACUGCUUUAUAGAGUAUAAUACUCCUCAGGAAGCUGAGCUGAGUAAGGAGAAGACACACGGAUACAAGUUAGAUAGGUCACAUAUAUUUGCUGUUAACAUGUUUGAAGACAUUGAGAAGUUCCUGAAAGUUCCAGAUGAGUGGGCUCCACCAGAGAUCAAGCCUUAUGUUCCAGUGGAGAUGCUGCAAAAGUGGCUUACUGAUGACAAAGCUAGAGAUCAGUAUGUGAUUCGGUCUGGCGGUGACACAGAGGUCCUCUGGAAUGAUGCAAGACAAAUGAAGCCUGAGCUUGUUUAUAAACGUCCUUAUUGGACUGAGAGUUUUGUUCAAUGGUCCCCUAUGGGUACCUACUUGGCAACAGUUCACAGACAAGGCGCUGCAAUUUGGGGUGGUGCCACCACUUUCAACCGCCUCAUGCGCUAUGCACAUCCUCAGGUAAAGCUGAUUGAUUUCUCCCCUGGUGAGAGAUAUCUGGUGACAUAUAGCAGCCAUGAACCAAGUAACCCUCGUGACACUCACAGGGUUGUGCUAAAUAUUUUUGAUGUGAGAACUGGAAAAGUGAUGAGAGAUUUCAAGGGAAGUGCUGAUGAAUUUGCAGUUGGAGGAACUGGAGGUGUUACUGGUGUGUCCUGGCCAGUCUUUAGGUGGAGUGGUGGUAAAGAGGAUAAGUAUUUUGCAAGAAUAGGAAAGAAUGUCAUCUCUGUUUAUGAAACAGAGACUUUCUCACUUAUUGACAAGAAAUCUAUCAAGGUUGAAAAUGUUAUGGAUUUUAGCUGGUCACCAACAGAUCCAAUUCUUUCACUCUUUGUUCCUGAAUGUGGAAAUCAACCUGCCAGGGUAAGUCUUGUGCAAAUCCCAAGUAAAGAGGAGUUGAGGCAAAAGAAUCUCUUCAGUGUGAGUGAUUGCAAAAUGUAUUGGCAAAGCAAUGGAGACUACCUUGCUGUCAAAGUUGACCGGUACACAAAGACCAAGAAAAGCACAUACACUGGUUUUGAGCUUUUCAGAAUCAAAGAACGGGAUAUUCCAAUUGAGGUUUUGGAGCUUGACAACAAGAAUGAUAAAAUUAUUGCAUUUGCUUGGGAGCCUAAGGGUCACAGAUUCGCUGUCAUCCACGGUGACAACCCCAGGCCAGAUGUCAGUUUCUACUCUAUGCGGUCUGGCACUAACACGGGCCGUGUUUCAAAGCUGACAACUCUCAAGGGAAAGCAGGCUAAUGCUCUCUACUGGUCACCUGGAGGCCGCUUCAUUAUUUUAGCUGGAAUGAAAGGUUUCAAUGGACAGUUGGAAUUCUUUGACGUCGAUGAGCUUGAUACCAUGGCAUCUGCUGAGCAUUUUAUGGCAACAGAUGUCGAAUGGGAUCCAACUGGAAGGUAUGUAGCGACAGCUGUUACUUCAGUUCAUGAGAUGGAAAAUGGAUUCAACAUCUGGUCUUUCAACGGAAAGCUGCUGUAUAGGAUACUCAAGGAUCAUUUUUUCCAGUUUUUGUGGCGCCCUAGGCCACCAUCCUUCUUAAGUAAGGAGAAAGAGGAAGAGAUUGCUAAGAACUUGAAGAAGUACAGCAAGAAGUAUGAAGCAGAGGAUCAGGAUGUUUCAUUGCUGUUGAGCGAGCAAGACCGUGAGAAGCGAAAGAAGCUGAAAGAAGAAUGGGAAGCAUGGAUUAGUAAGUGGAAGCGGUUGCAUGAAGAGGAGAAAAUGGAGAGGGAAAAGUUGCGUGAUGGGGAAGCCAGUGAUGAAGAGGAGGAAUACGAGGCGAAGGAAGUUGAAGUAGAGGAAAUACUAAAUGUUGAGGAGGUGGUUAUUCCUUUUGAAGAUAGCCAACAGUGAAUCCAAGUAGUUUGAGAAUCCCCAGCAUUUUCUGCGACAGCCACGAAAGAGAAACAAACUGAGUUUAGGUAGGAAGGAUAUUUGGUUUAAAACGCUUCCCCUUUUUUUUUGUUUUUUUCCGACUCAUUUUCUUUCAUUUCAUUGCUUGUUGGUUAUAUUGUCUGUCUGUCGGUCAGAAAUUCCUGUUGCCAAUGUGCAAUAAAUUUGAUUACAGAAACCUUUUCAUUAUAUUUUUGUUGGG